CAGUUGGGUGCCGGCCGGUUCCACGAAGGCACAUGAGCGAGUUGCUGAUAGGUAAUAAUUAGGCUGUCUGUGAGGCCAGUGGAUCUGUUUUCAGCGGAGUUCCUGUCGGUUAUGUAUCUAAAUCCGACAGCCACUAUCCCAAUGUAUGCCGGAUAACGUCCGUUUCGCUAGCGGCAGUUCCGGAGUGAUUGGUAUUAUACGAAUACGUCUUAAUAGACUGUGUCCUUGCCAGUGCCACCCUGCUCCUGUCCUCGUUCUUUCCAGCUUGGCUCUCUCUCUCUCGCUCUCAAACCAUAGUGAUUGUUCAAGCCCAUGAGUCCAUCUGCGAUUAACACCGCUCUCGAAAUUUACACCCGGCUACCUCCUGCAGAUCUUCCAUCCUCCUAACGCUUGCUCACUCGUCUAUAGUCCUCUGCAGCACUGUUUGGGAAAUCGCUUCUCACCCGGCAUCCGACUCGUCCUCCCACCCCUAGCGCGAGUCUUCUGGUCUCGCUUUGCUUUAAGAUUGCUGCCAAUCAGUCUGUCGCAAUCUAUGCCUCUCAUCCGAAGCUAACCCUCUCAGCUUCAUCGUACUAACAUUCUGCUUGUCCAAAGAAGCUUCGGAGCUAUAUCACCCUGUAUAGAGAAAAAAAAAAUGGGUCAAGAUUACUCCGCGCUAUUCAAUCAACCAAUGAUCCAACAGGAAUGGGCCAUCAGCGUAAAACCUGUGGUGCUUCCGGUCUUGACCUCAAUCUUUCUGCUCUUCAUUUCGGCAGUCUCAUUACCAUGCAAAGGUCGAUCGGCGGUUUACUUUAGACUAGCUCUGCUCCCGUUCCAAUUGAUAUUGACCCACGAUAUUUGCGUCAACAAGAAAUACUCCUUGGGAUCAGCUUUCAGGGAUUCAUCCUUUCCUACUUUCGGCUUCCUCCUCUUGUAUCGGGCCCUGGAUUUCUCGAUCUUAAACCUCUGGGAUCCCGAGCCUGCGUUUCAUUGGAUUGUUCCCGAUCGUCCUCCAACAACCGAAUCGAAAUCUAAAUCGCCAGAUGAGAAACCAAUCCGGUGGCGCAAGGUGCCACAUCCGCCCCUCUUCUCCUUCGAUCGUAUGCUCUGGGCCUUGGACAAUCUCACCCUCAUGAGGCCCGGUACACCCUUUCUAUUUCCGUGGAAAAUUAGAGCUCUCGAAUGGUCUCAAUACGCUCUUGAAUCACCUCAAACCAAAUUCGGAGAGCCCGAAUGGCCACUCUUGCCGGCCAUUAUUCAACAACUCGUUCAUCUGGGAUGUCAUCUCUACGUCCGUCAGCUUGAUCUCAAGGCCGGCCAGACAAUAUGGACUCUACCUCUGUUCGACCAACUUGCACUUACCUUCGCACUUGGCGGGGCUGUCACUUUCUCUUAUGCUCUGGAGGAAGCCAUCUUUUUCCCAUUGAUCUUGCGCUUCAACUUACUCCCGAAAACCGCACUGAUAUCUCAUUCAAAGAGAUCCAUCGCUUCGGCUGGCCUCGGCGAACUCUGGGGGAAAAGGUGGCAUCAUGUGUGGAAAAGAUGCUUCGUUCGACUGCCCCGAUUGAUGCCAGGAUCAAGUCACAGAUUGGUUCAGAUGUUUGGCGCAUUCUGGACUAGCGCGAUGUUCCAUUGCUUAGUCCUAGGAAGACUCUAUCCUACGCCAGACAUCAGCCGACCGAUUUCAUUUUUACCUUUGAUAUAUGAACCGGGAAUUUACAAAUUCUUCUUAUGUCAAGGCGCCGGAGUGAUUAUCGAGAAGAUCCUCUUAGGGGAUCCCAAGAAGGAUGAACGUCUGACCAAGAGAAUCAUCCGAAUCUUUUACCUGUAUUUUUUCCUACUCGGGGCCGGUAGAUACUCGACUAAUUCUCUCGCUGUCAAAGGUCUAUUGGAUAGAGACCAAUGGAAUACUGUGACCAUCCCAGCUAUCUCUAGAAUGUUUUAUGAUAUUUUCUUUGCAGAAUGACUGUCUGUUUUCUUUAUGUAAAAUCUCCUUUCAUUUGUUUUUAUUUACAUUUUUUUCCAUCACAUAUCUUACUGGGAACCUUAGGGUCUGUAAUUCCAUAUAAACAUUGUUGUAUGCAAUCCUUUAUACCAGCACACCUCUUCCUUGUCAGAUGUCAUCUGUAAAGCUCCUGGGACCAUGAUAGCUGAAGUCAUUUGCAAUUGGUCAACUUGCCCAAAGCACUUCAACUUUGAUGCUUUCAAACAAGAUAGUAAUAGAAGGCUCUCCUUUUUUGCACACC